UUGAAUUUAAUUAAUUAAUUCAAGUUGCCAUACCAUUUUUUAUUAGUAGCCCAAACCCCCGUCUUCUCUCUGUUUUCUCUCACUCUAUCUCAUGGAGCCUCGCUACUGUAAGCCUGUAAUCAUUUUAACCCUCUUAAUUUCAGUAGCAACUACAACAACAGGUUUAAAGGCUUGCAAUUUUCCAGCCAUUUUUAACUUCGGUGAUUCCAACUCAGACACUGGCGGCCUUUCAGCGGCAUUCGGUCAAGCUCCUUCCCCGAAUGGAGAGACAUAUUUCCACACCCCAGCCGGUCGUUUCUCCGAUGGUCGUCUUGUUAUUGAUUUUAUAGCUGAAGGCUUGAGAUUGCCUCAUCUCAGUGCCUUUCUGGACUCUGUGGGAUCAAACUUCAGCCAUGGGGCUAAUUUUGCUACCGCUGGAUCAACAAUUAGGCCUCAGAACACAACCAUCUCACAAAUUGGGUACAGUCCCAUUUCACUAGAUGUGCAAUCCGUUCAGUACUCAGAUUUCCAUAGAAGAUCUUCACUACUUUCGAGACAAGGAGGAGUAUUCGCAGAGUUGGUGCCCAAGGAGGAUUAUUUCGCUCAGGCAUUGUACACCUUUGACAUUGGCCAAAAUGAUAUCACAUCUGGUUACAAACUAAACAUGACUACUGAUCAAGUCAAAGCAUAUAUUCCUGAUGUCCUGCACCAGUUCUCCAUUGCCAUUAAGAAUGUAUAUAAUCAAGGAGGGAGAUCAUUUUGGAUACACAACACGGCUCCACUGGGUUGCCUUCCAUAUGUUUUGGACCGCUUUCUUGUUACAGCAGCUCAAAUAGAUAAAUACGGCUGCGCCACUCCCUUCAAUCAGGUGGCUCAGUUCUUCAACACUAAACUUAAAGAAACCGUAAUUCAGCUGAGAAAAGGUCUUCCUUUGGCUGCAAUUACCUAUGUAGAUGUCUACUCUAUCAAGUAUGUUCUUAUCACUCAAGCCCAAAAACUAGGUAACCAACCAUCAACACUUGAAAAGUUACAAGAAAUUGAUAAUGAUUCAUAUUUGCCUACGCCAAGUAAUUUGAGAGAAGAUGCUAUAACAAAGGUAUUGGGUCUUGCCAAAGGUGGACACAUGAAAGGACUAAGAAAAUGUGUAACUCUUAUACAAUUGUCCAUAAUAGCUCAAAGGGACAACAUUACCUUCACCAACUUGGGAAUUAGCUUUUUAAACCCACUAUCUUCAUUUCCUAUAAUUGCAAUGGAGAUUUCACUUUUAAAGUAUGUGUGUUUCUAA